AACACAAGUCUUCUCUUUCUCUAGCUUCUUCACUUCUGCACUUGUAUAUCUCUAUCUCCACACUCUUUCCUUACUUCCAUCCUCUUCAUCCCUGGCACUGACUGUGUUUGUGUCCUCCGAAUGAUAGCUUUAUCGCCGCCGACACUCGUUUAACCUUGUUCCCAAGUUCCCGCGCAAUCCCCCACGCCCGCUACCCACACGCAGAGGGAAUAAAACCGUUGAGAUACGGUAUCAGCCAUGCCUUCCCGUUCCCCUCCUAUCGCUGCCUUCGAGUUUCCCUCUGGCAACGGGAAUACUGUUCUCCCAACGUCUUCGGCCGCGCGCGCUCCUUCCCCCCCCAAGCCGGAGGAAUACUGGCAACCUCGAGCUGCCCCUCAUCACACUCAUUCGCAUACUCGAACUGCAUCACAGGUUUUGGGGAAGAUGAGGUACGGCAGGGGUAGAAGUGGAAGCGUAGCCCAGGCUGCGGGCGAGAUAGCAGAUUCCUUGAAGGCUCCGCUCAGCCCAAAACUUAUCGCACUAUGCUUGAUUUGGUAUUUCCCGUAUCUGUCUUCUGCGCUAUCAAACACCUCUUCGAAAACAAUACUCAAUUCGUUCCCUCAGCCCGUAACCCUCACAGUCGUUCAAUUCGCAUUCGUCUCAUCAUGGUGCAUCCUACUCUCAGUUUUCGCAAAAUUCACUAUGUUACGAUCGGCACCCGGUCUUGCUGGCGGACUGAGAUUUCCUACAAGAGCUGUGAUUGCAACUACCGCACCGUUAGCCAUAUUUCAAGUAGGAGGACAUGUUGCAAGUAGCAUUGCGACCCAAAAGAUUCCAGUGAGCUUAGUACAUACAAUCAAGGGAAUGUCACCUUUAUUCACCGUGUUUGCCUACCGUCUUCUCUUCAAAAUCAACUACUCGAGGGCGACCUACAUAUCCCUUCUCCCUCUCACCAUUGGUGUCAUGCUGGCCUGUUCUGUUGAGUUUCAUGGUAAUUUGUGGGGAAUCACCUGUGCGUUCAUUGGGGCGAUCAUUUUCGUGUCGCAAAACAUUUUUUCGAAAAAAUUGUUUAACGAGUCGUCGUCAACUGGUGCGGAUCCCUCAGUCCCACCUCAUAAGAGGAAGUUAGACAAACUCAACUUGCUAUGUUAUUCAUCCGGAAUGGCCUUUCUACUUACAUUACCCCUCUGGUUUUAUUCUGAGGGGUUUCAGCUUCUUCAGAUCUAUACACGUGAGGGGAAAAUCCCACUGUUGGAUCGAAUUGGGAAACACGGAGAGGAACCACUGGCAGGACAUGAACUUGUGAUGCAGUUUAUAUUCAAUGGGACAGUCCACUUUGGCCAGAACAUAAUUGCCUUUGUAUUGUUGAGUCUUGUCAGCCCAGUCACCUACAGCGUUGCAAGUUUGAUCAAGCGGAUAUUCGUGAUUGUUAUGGCAAUUGUGUGGUUUGGUAACAAGACUACAACUGUACAGGCUGUUGGUAUUUCAUUGACGUUCUUUGGCCUAUAUCUCUACGAUAGAGCCGGAGACGUUGCGAGAGGUGAGCGUAGGGUCCUUAUGGAGCAAACAAAAGCCCUUGAGCCGCUUCUUCCCAUCACCGCAAGGAGUGGAAAACAAUCACCGCUACCUGGGAGAUUUCUCCGCCCAAAUGGAGCGAACGGCUAUGCAGUAGGCUUAGGAGAGAAGGCAGGGAAUGGGCAAGUUGCCGGCAACUCUGCCUGGCUCGCUCCGGGAGCAAGACAAGAAGAUACAUGGCGGCCAAGGGAAACGGCUGUCGGUGCAUAGCUGUCUUCCUCCCUUUCGUUCUUUUUCGCUUUCCCAUGUCUUUGGUGGGAGUGGGGGGAUAUAACUAUAAUAGACUUCUAUUUCUUGCUUGUCCCGCCUCCCUAUGAUUUUUUGUUAAAUUAUCAUUACGAGAACUGAUUUGUUGGUUUCUUUUUGUUCGAUAGGGAAGGGAAGGGAGUUCAUUGCUUUGUUGGUGUGAUGUAGCUUCAUUGGGGGUAAAAAGGAAUGUUUGUAUCAUACGUGACUCAAAAUCUAAAGCCAGAAACUAGAUAUA